UGUAGGAGGGAAAGAAAGAAAAAAAAACAUCAACAAAACACAACCAAGAUUGUUUGUAAUUAAAAGCAACGAAAUAAAACACAAAAAUCGUAAUAAAAAGAAACCACAACAGCCGGACGACGGACGCUGCGCUUACGUAAAGGCAAACGAACGCGCCUUUUAGCGGGACAGAAAAUACACUCUUCCUGCAAAUGAGCUUGCACGCGACAUGUUCUCGCUGGUAGCAGAUUAUGGCGAUAGUGAGGAAUCGUCCGCAUCGUCCGACUCUUCGUCCUCCUCGGACGACGGUGGCGGAAAGAAGGAAUCAAAUCAGCCACAGCCUGACGAAACCAUUCAAAAGCAGUCUAGUGAUUUAAAUGGUGACCAAUCCAGCCCACUUCCCAGUGCCAGCGCCCUGUUCCAGUCCGGCACGGCUCGCAUCCUCCCUGGGAGCGUGUUUAGCAACCCGUUCCGGGAGGCGGAAGAGGCCAAGCUGGCCAGCCUCGAGCGCCACGUCAAGAUGGUCGAUCCGGAGGCGAAUGCGGCCGAGCAGAAGCGGAAGGUGUGCUGGAGCUACAAGAAGGGCCGGUGCCGAUUCGGCAGCAAGUGUAACUUUGCGCACGAUUCCGAUUUGAUACUGCGCAAGGAGCAGGCGGAAGAAGUUGCGCAGGAUGGUGCACCGUCGGACGAGGUGCCGGUGGUGAUGGUGAGGAAGCCGAAUCCACCGGACCGGAAGAAACGGCCCGGGCUGAGCCGGGAGCUGGUGCCACCGAAGAAGGUGCUGAAGAUGUACCACAAGGAAAAAUACGGGAUGCUUAAGUAGGAGGACGUUGUGCGGAGUAAAGCUCCCCCAUUUGCGCGCGUUUUGUUUUAAUGAUUUACGUUUUACACGCUUUUGUAAGAUAUAUUGUAGCGUCCCCGAAGGCGGGGGAGCGAAUUUUAUUUACAGUCGAGCUAGAAAUAUACCCUCUUUUUAUGUUCUAUCGCA